AUGGAGACGGAGUCAAGACGCUCACUUCCCACUGGCGGAGGAGAUGGCAUUUGGGUGCUUGUGGUGGGUGAUGAUGAUGAUGAUGAUGAUGAUGAUGAUGAUGAUGAUGAUGAUGAUGAUGAUGAUGAUGAUGAUGAUGAUGAUGAUGAUGAUGUACGACGAGGUGCUGGCGAGGGAGGAUGUGAUGGUGUGGCGCAGCUGGCGAUUGUCUAACGCAAGUUUUCACGGACGCACAUGUGGCCUUAUAGACCCGUGCGGUGCAUGAAUGUGUGAGUGCAAUGUUGACAGUGGAGGCGGAUGCGACGAGUAUAGUUUGGUGCUCCAGGCACUGGUUCGCCAGUCUCUGUUCGAUGGAUCCGCAAGGGUUCGACCAGGCCGAGAUGUGAGAUGAAAGUGCGGUCGCAAUGAGGACAAGUGUAGACCAGGUCCACACCACUAGUGUCGACAGUGGUGGUGUUGGUGUUUGUUGGUGUGUCCGGAUUGUAUGAAAUUUUGACGUGCGUGGCAGACGCCACAACGGCAGACGUGAAGGCAAUGGAUGAUGGUGAUGAUGACGACGAUGAUGAUGAUGAUGAUGGUAGUGGUGGUUCAGGAGAGCGGUCAUAGUUAGCUGACGGCGUAGGAUGCGACAGAGAGGUGGAUGGAGAGACGACAGUUGGUGAAACCCGCGUGCUGUAGUUGGUCCGAAGGUGCCCGACAAGUCCUAUUGGUGUCCGCAAUGCCCGGUAACACCGUGGACACGUUGGGGACAGUUGGGCGUUGGCGUUGCGAGGUGGGCGCAGCUGAGACUUGCGUGCAUAUCGUUUGGUUUUCGUGGCGGCGAUGCAGUUUAUCAUGUGUAUAGUAGCGCCUGUCUUCACUUCUCUAUUCCAUGCCGGUCAGUUUUGGACGAGUUCUUCCCAGUUGGUCGGGCUGAUCUGCAGGUGCUCUAAGGAAGUCUUCAGAGUAUCCUUGUAGCCCCGGAUUUGACUUCCUUGUCGGCGGGAACCCUUGACGAUAUCUCCAUAGAAGACCCUUUGGAGUAGCCGCUCGUCGUCCAUCCACACGAGGCGGCCGCCCCAUCGCAGUUGCAGAUGUCUCAGCAAUAGCAUAGGUCGCCAGGGAGGAGGAGGAGGAGGAAAAGGAGGAGGAGGAGGAGGAGGAGGAAGAGGAGGAGGGUUGUUUCGACCGUGAGUUUAACGUCUGCGACCACGCUCAGCCUGCAGACGACGUGGUUCCCCACAUUUUUAGGGCUCUUGUUCUAGCUCCUUACCCCUCGCGGACAUGAGCAGUGCCAUCCUUAAAUAGGUCUGUUCAGUUUUGUCAGGCGCUGCCGAACUCCGUUAUGGGCCACGUCCUUGUUUAGUGGAAGAACGACCCGAGUUGGCCUGGGACAUUGCCGUAAGAUUGUGGCCUCCUGCGGUGUGCCAGACGGAGCCUCGUCUCGACGAUGACGAUGCGAAGAUCCAUCCUGCCAGCGGACUCCACGUUACCAUGUUCGCAGACGCACACACGGAUACCCUCAUCUGGUUAUACCCGCCGGUCGAGGCGGUUACUGGGGUGUGGCCGCUAGACAGAGCCUAG